AUGAAGGGUUUCAGACAGAGAGUCCACGACCAGUUGUCGCGGGCGAAAGACAACAAGUCCUCGAAAAAGAAAGACUCCAACUCCACUCCACAGAACCAAUCCCUCGGAAUUUCCAGCGCACAACAGCCUACUUCCCCUAGUCAAGGGACACCCACAUCCUCUACAACCUCUCUCAAUGACUCGCGAAACAAAUCUCCAGACAACGCUUCCCCCGCCGGAACCCCUUCUGCGGGCGCACCUCACCCCGGCACCCCGGUUCAACACUAUAUACCCCAACCGGGCACUGCCGGACAGCCUGUAAGCAAUGGACCAGGAACUCCGAAUAGGCAAGGCCAACCAGCGGCCCCCAACGUCAUCAUUAGCCCAAGCCCACCGCAUGUUCCCCCUCCUGGUGCCGCCGAAACAAUGCCCGGAGAUCUUGCACCUCCUAGGAAGUCCCAUGUCUUCGAUCGCCUACAGACAACUCCUAAGGACAUCUCGGAAGGUAUCCGGACCCCAAAACGCCAACAUUCGUCGCGAUUCGACAUCUCCGACCAGCGUCAGAGAGAAUUGGAGAAGUUGCCGGGAUUCCACGAAGUGCCUCCCAACCGGCGCCAAGAUUUGUUCAUGCAAAAGAUCGACCAGUGCAAUAUCAUAUUCGAUUUCAACGACCCUACGGCUGAUAUGAAGUCCAAGGAGAUCAAGAGGCUGGCGUUGCACGAACUCUUAGAUUAUGUUGCCAACAAUCGAUCGGUCAUUACAGAGCCUAUGUACCCCCGCGUGGUAGAGAUGUUCGCCAAGAACCUGUUCCGUCCUAUUCCCCCGCCUAUGACGCCCCAAGGUGAGGCAUUUGACCCAGAGGAGGAUGAGCCGGUCUUGGAAGUCGCUUGGCCUCAUAUCCAGGUGGUAUAUGAAUUCUUUUUGAGAUUCAUCGAAAGCCAGGAUUUCAACACGAACAUCGCAAAGGGUUAUAUCGACCAUCAGUUUGUGCUUUCGUUGUUGGACCUCUUUGACUCGGAAGAUCCCCGGGAACGUGACUUCCUCAAGACAACUCUGCAUCGCAUCUAUGGAAAGUUCUUGAAUUUGCGGUCAUAUAUCCGCCGAUCCAUCAACAACGUCUUUUUCCAGUUCAUGUACGAGACAGAACGCCAUAACGGAAUCGCCGAAUUGCUUGAGAUUCUGGGCUCCAUCAUCAACGGGUUCGCUUUACCGCUAAAGGAGGAACACAAGCUCUUCUUGACUAGAGUGCUCCUACCCAUGCACAAGGUGAAGAGUCUCAGCAUGUACCACCCGCAAUUGGCCUACUGCAUAGUGCAAUUUUUGGAGAAAGACUCCUCAUUGACCGAAGAUGUUGUUCUCGGCCUACUGCGCUUCUGGCCUAAGACCAAUAGCACUAAGGAGGUUAUGUACCUGAAUGAGGUGGAAGAUAUCUUCGAGGUGAUGGAUCCGGGCGAGUUCGCUAAAGUACAGGAGCCUCUGUUCAAUCAGUUGGCCAAGUCUGUUGCCAGUCCUCAUUUCCAGGUUGCUGAACGUGCUUUGUACUUCUGGAAUAACGAGUAUUUCUGUAAUCUUGUGAGCGACAAUGUGGAGACAAUUCUCCCGCUUAUGUUUGCGCCGCUUUACGAGAACUCGAAAGGACACUGGAACCGAACAAUCCACAGCAUGGUUUACAAUGCCAUGAAGAUGUUCAUGGAGAUCAACCCGCAACUUUUCGAUGAAUGCUCUCACGAUUACACGGAGCACCAGAACAACGCAGACCAACGUGAAAAGAUUCGUUCGGAACGCCCCCCUCUUGACGUGCCGGAGGCAAUCGAUGAGGUAGAGGCCAUGACUCACGAGAGCCAAAAGCGGUUGAACUCCCUAAAGUUGCAAGAUGAUCCCGAUAUUUCCAAGGAUCGGCCCAGCCGGGAAGGCACCCCUAAUUCGAUACGUGCAUUCCUAUGCGAACUACUUCCCUUUUGUCUGGCCCUAUCGCCCUCGUACUUGUCUUUUGCUAAGAGACCGCGUCCGCCCAUGUACAGCCAGCGUAAUUCUAACGUGAAAACGUCCGUUUGCUCCAGACACGACGCCGAGGCUCGAUUCGAAGCACCGGCCGACGGCGAAGGAGCGGAAGCGGCAGUGAGAUUCGCCCGCGACGACGAUCGGUCGGCAGUGGUACCAGUGCAACCAAUGUACAGAUCUUGCAUCGAAGCAAUUCCACCAAAUAAUGUCUCGGAGGAGAUGGACUGCUGA